UUCUCUUUUCGAACAGUACAGAAAUCAUCGACAGAACUGGCCUUCCUGAUUCGCGUCCCGUGAGGUUUGCAUGCCUUGGCUCGCUGUCACUGUCAACAAUUUUCGCAUGUCUACGCAUCGUUGCAUGCUCGAAGGAGUGGGGGAUUUCUGUACUUCCACUCCAUCUAUUCUUCCCGCGAUUGCAAUUGCGAAUGGCCAUAACUCGUAUGGCCUCUCCACGGAACCCAACAUGCGAAACUUCACUGGUUUUAAUCGAACAGACGUUCCGAUAACAAAUCUCGAUGUACUGGGACAGGACAUCGAGAUUCAAGAAAGCAAGAAAGUGAUGCACUUAACCAGCCGGGAUAUGGAAGUUUUGGGUUAAAGCCGUCGAGAUUUGAAAAUGACCAAAAGCACUCGAGCAAGGACUGUAAUUGUUACAGUGAUGCAGCUGCACCGCGACGUUUGCACAACAGGACACGUGCGAAAUGGACGACCUACUCUGCAUAACUCGCGAAGAGCAUGUCUAGAAGAGGUUAGCAAGCUGAACUUUGGCAAACGCGUUGUACAGAGGCAGGGAUAUUGUUGAGCUCCGGAUUGAUAUACGCAUGCACGAUAUGUGUUUCACACUAGCUACUUCUUUGCAAGUAUGUAUUAUGUAUGUGGGAUGAUAAGUUCCUGAAAAUCAACAAUAUUUUCGGCGUAUGCUGAUUAUAGAGUAGGGUAAUCCAUCGGAAAUAUGAAUGGAGAGAGCACUCAUGUGUAGGGUUAUCAUGUUUGAUGCUCCUCCCGGAUGUUCUGCGGCCUCUGCCGCUCCUGUGAAACUUCACCUUCUCCGGGGACUUCCAGUAUCGAAUUGAGAAUCAUGCUAAAUAUUCUCGUACAGAGAAGUGGAUCGUGUCCAGCAUCGAGCAGGCACACAGUACACCCUGAUUCAUCUCCAGCCUGACUCCUGGUAUGAGCUAGCAAUUUGGCCAAUUGUCUCAUCGCAGCCCCAAUGGCUUGAUCUGCUUGAAUCUUCCUUAAUGUAGGCGAAGCUGGCGAUGCACAGAUGAUGACAUAACUGAGGACGUAGUGUUCCAAUCAAAACAGUACUUGAGAUAUAACUUGUGCAUACUUGAAAGUUUUUCAUUUCGAGGUGGGCAGGUAACUGUCAAUCAGCAUCAUUUAGAACACGGAAGCCCUAGGGGAAAGAAAAUAAUCGCCACGAAAUGUGAAAC